CCCAGGGCGACAGCCCCGGCUCUCGUUCCCCGCCCGCCAAGGAAAGCGAGGCGCGCGUGGCCGCGUCCCAAGAUGGCGGCGGUGGCGGUGCGGGGGGGCUGGGGCCCGGGCGCCUCGCAACUGGGCUCCGCCGGAGCGCCGCGGGCCGCCAGGCAGCGGCCCCGCUUCAUGGAGGGCUCCAUCGUCAGGAUCUUAAUGGAGAACUUCCUAACUUAUGACAUCUGUGAAGUACAUCCAGGCCCCAACUUGAACAUGAUUGUAGGUGCUAAUGGAACAGGAAAGUCAAGCAUUGUUUGUGCCAUCUGUCUGGGACUGGCUGGAAAACCUUCUUUCAUAGGGCGAGCUGACAAGGUUAGUCUCUUUGUAAAGCAGGGGUGCCUGAAAGGUGUGGUAGAAAUUGAACUGUCUAAGACACCUGACAAUAUCAUUAUCACACGUGAAAUUCAAGUGGUGAACAACACAUCAGCAUGGUUUAUCAACAGAAAACCAGCAACUCUGAAAACAGUAGAGGAACAGAUCGCAGCCUUAAACAUCCAGGUGGACAAUUUGUGCCAGUUUCUUCCUCAGGACAGAGUUGGAGAAUUUGCAAGACUGAGUAAGGUUGAAUUGCUUGAAGCCACUGAAAAAUCCAUUGGUCCUCCAGAAAUGUACAAAUUUCACUGUGAACUGAAAAACUUCAGAGAAAAAGAAAGAGAACUAGAGAAUUUAUGCAAAGACAAAAGUAACUCAUUGGAGAAAAUGAAACAGAGGGUUGAACGAUACAAACAAGAUGUCGAGAGAUACCAUGAACGCAAGCGCCAUCUAGACCUAAUUGAGAUGCUUGAGAGAAAAAGACCUUGGGUGGAAUAUGAAACUGUUCGUAAGCAGCACGAGGAAGUGAAACAAAUCCGAGACCAGGCCAGGGAAGAACUGAAGAAUCUGAAAGAAAUGCAGUCUCCACUGAUGAAAAAAAUGCAAGAAAUUGAAGGAUCUUUUAAGAGUCUGGAUAGGAAAAUAAGAUGUAUGAACAAGAAGGAGUUCUGCUGCAAACUGCUGCUUCCACAGUUCCUAGAGGCUGGUGAAAUCAAGGAGGCUUCUCAAAAAUGUAAACAAAAGAAAGAUGCUUUGGAGAUGAAAGAUAAGCAAAUUGAAGAAAUUAAUCAAGCUUUCAGAAUGAAAAAAGAUGAAGAAAUGGAUAGACGAAAGAAAAUAAUAAGUGCUCAUAAGAUGAUAGAGGAAUGGAACGAUGAACUCAGUACAGUGAACGACUGUGAGAAUCUUCAGCCACAAAUUGAUGCUGUUAAUACGGAACUGAAACAUUUACAAGGAGAAAGGGCAAACAUUGAGAGCGAUAUUAGUGAUGUAACAACAGAGAAAAAUAACCAAGAACGGGAAAAGAAAAGAAUAAUUGAUCGCAUUGGACAACUUAAUAAUAUAAUGAGUAUGAAAGAAGAGACUCUUAAAGGGAAAUCUCAAGAUACACACUCUGCUCUUAUGUGGCUAAGAAAGAACAAAGACAAGUUUAAAAGAACAGUUUGUGAGCCCAUUAUGCUUGUGAUCAAUUUGAAAGACACUAGACACGCUAAAUAUAUUGAAAAUCACAUCUCGGCCAAUGACAUGAAGGCUUUCGUUUUUGAGAGUCAAGAAGAUAUGGAAGUGUUUCUUGUGGAGAUACGUGAUCAUCAGAAAUUAAGAGUGAAUGCUGUGUGUGCACCUGCUGUAUCAUGUGCUGGAAACUUACCUUCAAGACCUAUUGAAGAAUUACAUCAAUAUGGAUUUUUUUCAUAUUUACGAGAGUUGUUUGAUGCUCCACUUCCUGUGAUGAGUUAUCUUUGCUCCCAGUAUCGUAUUCAUGAUGUCCCUGUGGGAACAGAGAAGACCAGAAACAUGAUUGGAAAGGUCAUACAGGAAACCAAACUUAGGCAACUGUACACAGCAGAAGAAAAAUACACUGUUAAAGUAUCUGCUUAUACAAACCUAACCUUCUCUACUAACAUGUCUCUGAGAGCAGCCCAGUUUCUCACUAAUUCAGUGGAUACAGAUGAAAGACAGCAGCUGGAAAAACAGCAGCAGGGUAUCAAUUGCAUGUUACAGUCAUUAGAUACGCAGUUGACAACAUUGUUUGAGAGACAGAAGCAUCUGGAACGCAGAGACAAUGAGCUCAGGCAACAGAAGAAGGAGCUCUUGGAGAGAGGAAACAGAAGGAGACAGUUGGAAUCAAAAAUUGCUGUGAAGUAUGAUAGUAUAAAACAGCUGGAACAAGAUGCUAUUAACCUAGAAGAGGAAUCUCAACAGGCAAAUGUAAAGAUCAAAGAAAUAAAUAUUCAGAAAGCAAGACUUGUUUCUGAAUUAAUGCAUCUCAUAAAGCAUUGUGUAUCACUGAACAUCCUCAAAACAGAUUUGGUUCUUCAGAGCACUGCGGUGGAUGCUGAGAAGAACAGACUAGAAUCAGAGUAUAAAGCAGCAAGUAUGCAGCUAAGAGCUUCAGAGCAAAAUUUUCGUGAGCUGGAUGAGGAAAAGCGGGUUCUUACGGAAAACUGCAGGGAAUUGCUGAAAAAAGCUCGACAGAUGUGCAAACUGAGUCCGGAUCAGAAUCUUCCAAAAGAAUUCCAAACUGCUUUUCAGGCUCUUCCGAACACAUUGGAGGAAAUAGAUGCUCUUCUGAAUGAAGAGAAAUCCAGGGCCUCCUGUUUCACAGGCCUGAAUGCUUCGAUUGUUGAAGAGUACAAUAAGCAAACUCAAGAAAUACAACAACUGAUGGAAGAUCUAGGGGAAAAGAAGAAGGAAUUGGAUAACUAUAAGCGAAACAUUUCACAGAUCAAAGAGAGGUGGCUAAACCCUUUGAAAAGCCUGAUUGAGAAAAUUAAUGAGAAGUUCAGUAACUUCUUUAGCUCUAUGCAGUGUGUUGGUGAAGUUGAUCUUCAUGUGGAAAAUGAGGAAGAGUACGACAAGUAUGGGAUUCGCAUAAGAGUUAAAUUCCAUAGCAGUACUGGACUUCAAGAAUUGACUCCCUAUCAUCAGAGUGGAGGUGAGAAAAGCGUUUCAACUAUGUUGUACCUGAUGGCUCUACAGGAACUCAACAGGUGUCCUUUCAGGGUUGUAGAUGAAAUAAAUCAGGGAAUGGAUCCAGUGAAUGAGAGAAGAGUUUUUGAAAUGGUUGUGAAAACUGCUUGUAAAGAAAGCACGUCUCAGUACUUCCUUAUUACACCGAAGCUCCUACAGAAUCUCACUUAUAAUGACAAGAUGACAGUGUUGUUUGUCUACAAUGGACCUUGUAUGUUGGAAGCAAACAAAUGGAACUUAAAGUCUUUCUGUAGGCAGCGGCGGCGACUUGGGAGGAUGGAUGAACAGUGAUACACAUAUAUAAAUACAUAUAUAUAUAUACGUGCCACUGUAGCAAUAUUGAAACCCAGCAGGGAAAAUGUGGAAAAAUAAUGGCAAGAAGGAAGAACAGAGGCAGAAGGCUGAAGAGGUGAUAACCAGCACUAUAGCAGCCUGCUAGCCAUCAUCUCUUGUGGCUCAGCCCUUUCCCAUCAGCAUGAUCCCCAGCCAUUCCCAUCUCUCUGGUUUCCACCAAAUUCACCAGCUUUUCUUCACUAUUCUGCUACACAGUUGCUCCCAAAGUAAUUUUCUAGUUGUCUGGUAUUGCUUCUGUUGAUCACUUGUCUCCAUUAAAGCCAAUGUUUUGUUGACAGUGUAUGUUAGUCCCAAAUGAUGACAUUAUACAUGUCAUUGGCUAGAUUUUAGUAUCGCAAAUGGUUUGCAUCAACUGUUGCACCUGGAGCUACAUCAAAUCUUGGCAUAUAUUUCCAGUGCAUACUUGGAGAAAAGCAAGACACCUGCUUGAGAACUGACAGUCUUUUGUGAAGCAUGGAGAUGAGAACAUUGCAAGUAAGCCGAAAAAGAAUUACAAAAGUAACUUUGUUGGGGAUAAGUAGCUAUGCAUGGCAGUGGGCAAAGUUGGCUUUGGUAGAAGCAAGGAGAAAGGAACAGAUGCUAGCUGAGAAGAUGGUUGCAGAAGAUACCAAGGUAAUGCAGGAACUUUGGAAAAGAACAGAGCAAAUGAUGAUACAGGUAACAUGCAGUAUGGAUGGCUCAAAGUGAAUACAUGCGUCAAAGUAAUCAGAACCAAGUAAUUUAAAGAGGGAAGGCAUAUUACUAGACAUCUGUAGAGAAAUCCUCUAAGAAAGAAAAGACUGGUGAAAAUAAGGAUAUUAGUGAGGGAAAGGCAAGCAGAGGAAACAAGCUAGAGCAGGAGCAAAUCUAAACUCAUUAUUUAGCAGAUACUUGACAUACAGCACUAUGCAAUAGGUAGCAUAAAAGAGGCAGGUGUCUUUGGGAGAACUGGAGAACUAGUGUUUUCAGCUGAAGAGCAAUUACUAUCCUCUGGGGUCAUAAGAAGAGUCAAGGAACAAAUGGGACUCCAGGAAGAAAUUCUGUGAGGAGACCUUCCACAUGUCAACUAGUUCCCCUCCUUCACCAGUUGCUAACUAAAGCUUUAGAAAGUUGUGCUGCUUGAUCGUGACUGCACUCUAGUAGUAGUAGUUUGUCUGUGUAUUAUCUUCAUGGAUGACAAAAUGUUUUUUUUUUUUUGUUUGUGUGUGUGUUUCUCCUUUUCCUCCUUCCUCGAUCGCCAAGAAUUACAAACUGUGAACACGGGGUAAAUACAAAGCAGAUGAUCAGUAGAGAGCAUGGAAAGGGACUUGCUCUCAGGUACCAUAAACAGUAUCAGUCCCACUCUGUGCUGCUGCAAUGAUACUUACAGGUCUGUUUAGGUAAAAAGCCAAAGAUGCAAUGGUUUCCUGUGGGCCCCCAUCUGGAUCCACUUUCUGUCUGCUUCUGAGCCUGAUUGUGCUGUUCAUGAAGGAUUUUUAUGUUCAGAAUUCUCCUUGUGUUUAAAAUACUCUCUGCUGUAUGUAAUGCACUGGUUUGAUAUCAGUGUAAUGAAAGUGGUACAGGCUCCAGAGUGCAUACAGUUCCCCAAGCAUCAGUAUGCAUUAACUCACUGUUCUCAUGAAAAACUAUCGUAGUAUGUUAUAUUGAGAGAAUCUCCUUUUAUUUCAGCUUGAACGAGUUUACAGAAAGGCUUUCCCAGUUGAAGUAUAGCAGUUGAAAAAUGAUAGCCCUGUGAAAAAUGACUCAUUGAAUGUAGAAGCUGAAUGUAGCUUUGCUUCUAGGUAGGAUUGUCUUUCUGUGGUUCAGUAAAAUGGAUGCAAUGAUUUACCAUCAACAUUGCAUAGGCUAAUAACAUAAUUAUGGUUUUCCCUGGCCCUAUGUUUCUUGACAGAGGAGUUAUGCACGUCUUUUCUUGGGUUCUCUAAAGUGUUUUUUGCUUGGAAACACUGUCAGAAACCACCGAAGCAGUGGUUAACAGCAGAAGAACACAAAAUGUUGAAUGUGGUUUCUGCAGGGAACUGGGUUAACUUACACCUCCCUCCUUCUUAUCUCUCCUGGAACUUCACCUGAUGUCUUUCCAACCUCUGCCCAUUAGCCAGAAGAAGAAAAGGCCAUUUGGAAAGACUAAGACAAUUCUUUGCACCUUUUCAGCAGAGUGUUAGGAGGGCUCUGUUACUGUCUGUGCACUUUGCUCUCUUUUUCUGUGCCUUCUGAAUUCCCAUGGGGCUUUUUUUGGAUGUUGGGAUGGUAAGUUGAUCUCAUCUAUUAGAUGCUUUUCGUAGUCCUGUGGUGUAUAUACUCCAUUACCUUUGUACCUUCUGUUCAGCAGUGCAGUCUUCUAGGUGUUGAUUUCAUUAACAGGAUAUCACCUAAAGGGUAGCAGACAAUACUGAAAGAGGGAUGGAUGGCUGUUGAUGUGGAAAGCAAUAGGAUGUUUGUCAGUUGUAAAUUAGUUGUAAACUGAGGGUAAUGGGCUGGUUAGAAAAACAGCAACUUCACAAAUGCAAGCUGAAUGCAGCAGGGACGCUCUGCUCACUCUCACCCCAAAAGGAAUACAUGGGCUCCUUAUACAGAUGUAUAAAGUGGGGAAAAGUGUAUAAUAAUACAGAAAAAAGGGUUUGUUAUGGAUUAGAACUGAUGCCAGUCAAGAAGAUCCCUGGUUGAAAUGAGAAGAGUUCUGUACUACCUGUGGAAGUGCUUGGGGAGAUAAUUUAAGGGAUGUGAUUUCUCAGUUGAAGACAACAUGACACCGAAAACACUGUAAUUGCAAAAUUCUUGUCAUUGGGAAAGCUUCCCUUGCUUAUUUAAGGCAGUCCAUUAAAGAGGGCUUUGGUAAGUAAGUACAUUACUCUGACAAUGGUGACUUUGCUUUGUUGUUGAUGUAAUUUGUCAGAUGUGGCUGGCAGGUGUGAGGAGCUCAAGCUGUAAGAGAUUUUGUUUCCAAAGCAAAAGCCCUUGAGGAAGUAGCAGCUCUCAUGGAGGUCUGAUGCAGAAAGGAAACUUGCCUGACUCCUUAGCCCUGAAUGAGUGAGUACUGAACAACAUUGUUUUAGACUCCCAUGGAAAAGAAAGUCAGCCUGGUCAUCCUAGCAGGCAGGUUGCAUGUGAACCUUUUCUGAACCACUCUGCAGACAUUUAACUGGACUUCCAUGAUAUUGAAUGGCAUGUUUCCUUUCUUCUCUCUUCAGCAGAAAGUAGUAAAAAUUCUCCUUGUAGAAAUAAUUGUACUCUACAAAUCAGUUGGGCUGUGGUCAGGGUCACACUUCCACAUGUCACUGCUGAAGUCUUACAGUCAACAUCCAUGGAGGCGCUUCCAGUCUUUUUAUACCUUGCCUAUUCCAGCCAAGAUUUACAUCAUUCCUGGAAAGACUAUUCUGUAUAGUGUACUAGAUCUCAACAGUUGGAAACAUCCUCCUCAGGCUAUGGCAUUGUCUACACUUGGAAGAUUUUGGUAGCUUUUCCAAUUAGAGCACCAAGGGCAAAUAUUAAAUACUUUAAGGUGAAGACUAAAAAACACAUGGAACAUCCUUUAUGAUGGGAAUGCAGAGGAAUAAGCUCAGGGGAAUGAGCCCUCUGUCCUUUACUCCUAGAAACAAUGACAAACUAAAAAAAGAAAACUGUGCUGAGUUUGUUGUGUUUGUCCUUUGGCUGUCCAGCCAAGGACAGAAAGUUCCAAUGCAGUAUCGAAGCCAAAUGUGCCUGUGAAUUUAGUUCUAGAUGCAGAGGGCACACAUCUACCCCUCUGUCUCUGCCCAUGGUGCCACAGGUUACACGUUCCCUUGGGUCCAGGGACCCAUCUUGCAGUUACACCCUAGUGUGGUUCCCAGGUGCCAGGUUUAAGUUCUCAAGCACCAAGUUAAGUUAGUUUGUGUAAGUAGUUGCUUCUCGCUAGUCCUGACUGUAAACAUCAAUGAGUGUUUUGGUGGAGGGCUCCUUGCCUGUCUAGCCUUUGGAGGCUGCACGGCUAUGGUGUUUUUAUUUCCUUGCCUCAGUGAACUCCCCCAGACCUUUGGAAGUCUCGAGGCAGUGGUGCUGGGUGUACAGGCUGCAGCAUUGUUAGCUCACGGAGCAGCUGUGUGGUGCAAGGGAGAACAGCAGUCUGAGCUCGAAAGCUACUGAGCAGUGGGAAACCUCGUAGGUGCUGCGGCAAAUGCGUGCAGGGACCCUCUUUCUGCACCGCAAACUGUCUCUGUAGUAGUGGGAGAAGGAAUCUCUCUGAAAAUACUGGGGAAAAGUACAGAAGCAAAACCUACGCUUAAUAAUGACAAGCAAGGCUGGGACCUUUGAAACUAGUCCAUAUGCCGCUUAGCUCAGGGAUUUCACUGUGUGCAGCAGAAUUUUUAAAAAUAAUUAUCUAAACUGGAUGAUUACUUGGUUGGUUUAUAUUGAUUGGUUUACAUGAUCACUCUUUGACUCCAAUCAUUCAAAACAACCUUUGUUUUUUUAACUCAUUUUUUUUAUUUUGACAAUAUAUAUAUACAUAUGUACAAAAACAUCUAUGCCUACUUUUUUUUUCCUUUUCUUUUUUUUUUUUUUUUACAAUUUCAUGUGAUUUACAAAACAGGACAGCAAAAUAACUUAUAAAGGAUACGAAUACUGUACAAAAAUAAAACCGGUUAAACUGUUGGAAGUUUGUAUCUUACAGUGUUACAGAUCAUGAAUCUGUAAAACAGCAUUUUGAAGAAUGUGUCCAGUCUGGUGUAUGUUGAACUAAGUCCGUCUGCAAACUGAAAACAGAUCUGUCAUAAAGGUUAUGAGAAACUGUUUUGAAAAAGAAGUAUGUUGAAGUAUGUAUAGCUAUACCUUUAAAGCCAUGACUUCACUACAGUAAUGGGCUUUCUUAACCAAGGAGAGGAGCUGUCCUAACUUCAGCACUAUUAAAUAUUUCCAAAAUAGUACAACAAGUAUGAACGGUAUUAGAGAACCCGAUUUUCCUUUUCUUUUCCAACAUUUGCAGCACUCUUUGAAACUUAACUUGAAGAUGCAGAAAACUAACCUAGAGUUUGUUUCAUGUAUUAGAUCCGUUGCUUGUUUUUACUAGAAGAAAAACUAAAAUACCCAAAUGAUCAAUACAAUAAACUGAAAUCUCUAAACCUGAUCAUUCCCCACGUAUUUUGUUAGUGGUUAAAGAAUCACAUUAGUCCCAUCUGUCCUAUGCUGAAAUAAAGCAUACAUUAGAGUAGGUUGGUUACGGCUUAGGAAGGUUUUUUUCAGAAACAGGAUCUUGUCACCAGUGAUAACUACAUGAGUUUAUAUGUCCCUUUGUUCCAUGGACCAAGGUAACCCCCUGCCUGUUAAUUCUUUUAGAAAUUGAAGAAUUAAUGAUGAUAUUUCCUUAGAUGCGCAUUCUACCCCAAGUAUUGAAGCUGGGAUCCAUGAAUCUGGCAAUUUGCUUCCACAUGUAGGUUAAUCCCAGUAGCUGUAACCAAACCAUUUAUCUAUUGAUUUAGGAGCUGCUUAUCAGCUGUGGCUUCCCAGUGUGGUUGACAGCACAUGAGGGUGUUUUUUAACUUCACAGGACCAGGCCUUAGUAUUCCCAGUACUGCAUUUGUCCUACAAAAUGGCAACAAUCCAGACUGUAGGACAGACUCAAAAAGGUUAUUGUGAUCUUCACAGAGAAGAAGGAAGAUGAAUAUGCAUGCUCCGUUGAAUCUCACUGGGCUACACGUGGCCCUAACCCUGCUUAACAAGGCAGCAGUAACAGUACUGGUAAGCAGAACAAUUUCUGUAUUUCUAGAUCAGUAGAAAUACUGAGGCUACCUAUCUUUUGUUAGGAAGAACAUACGUCCCUACAACUCAAUUUGAACACCAGAAAUUAAAGUUUGGUUUCUAAAAUAAAAGUUUCACAAAGCUGAAACGGAGGUAGAAAGUGUGCUUGGUUUCCUGAUGUCUUCACUGAAGAAAACACAUCCCUUUUUACUCCACAGACUGCUCAACAUCCCUAAUGCCUUAAAAGCAGUUCUCUUCACAUAGACAGAAUUUAUCAAGAACUACACAGGUAAAAACACUAUAUGCAAACCGAUUUCUAAUGCUGAAAGCCUUAUACAACUGUAGAAGAAAAUACUCUACUCUCUGAGCUCAUUUUUUUUUUAACAUUUGUUUCUAGGAAGCAAGCUUUUUAUCAAUUAAAACAAUAAGAUACGGUAACUGCAGCUGUACUAACAGGAUCUUUAUGUACAGAAUUUUACAGGAUGACCUAAAUUCAUCUGCAGUGGAAACACUUCGGAUUUCAGUGUGAUUACUCCUGAGAUGAAUUGGGCCCUAAGUCUCUAUAGUAGGGCUGCACCUCCCCUUCCUCUUCUGGAGGAAAGAGUAAAAACAGAACAGCAGAAGAAUGCUUCUGGAAGAAAUGUGUAAACAUAAUUAUCCCCUUAUAGGUAGCUGGGAAGGGAAAAAAAAAAUCACUGAUAACCUGGUAUGGUGUGGUUUUAACAUGAAAAAAGAUGAAAUACAUAAUGACCAUGACUUGGAAGUUCAACUUCAGUCAUCUUUUUGCUCCUUUUAGAGAGCAAAACAUAGCUUUAAGUUAAACAUAAUAUUGCCUUGAUCGGUAUUUGGUGUGUCAUGCAUGACACAGGUAUGACUGCAAGGUACGUAGGGAAGCUGAUGCCAGAAGGAAUAUUGUGACACACCUUGUGUGUUGUAUUUCCAAUUAGCUCAUGGUUUUCCCUCAUACUCUACAGAAACAGUGAUCAAGAGAUACGGGAGCCCUUCUGAAGUGCUCUUUACAAUAAAUUUAACUGUUUCCAUUAGCAGAGUGCUCUUAAGGAAAGGUCUACUCUCUCCAUAAGGACACGGAACUCCCAUUGGAUGUGUCAGGAGUUAGGCACGUGUAUGAAGAGAAUAAAUCUUUAAGGCAAGUGUAUGAAGAGAAAAAACCUGUAAAAAAGCAGCAGUUUAUAAAGAUGGUAGCUGCUGUAAUCCAUCCAGUCAAACAAAACACAGCAGAAUAACGAACUGUUACUGGCAUUUCUCUAGUACAGUACUGUAUUUAUUGACAAAUGAAAAUAUAGAUCAAUUGAGAGACGUAUGUUUCUGCCCUCGUCCCCCCUGCCACGUUUUGUAGGCUGACUUGUAUUUUUCCAGGUAACUGAAUAACAGAGCUAAAUACACAUAUGGUCAGAAAAUGACUGAGUGGUUGUGUUGGUGUUUUUUGCUUUAAGUAUCUGCUUGAAUUUUACAUGUUUUUACUGGAAAAGUGCAGCUUAUAUUCAAAAGUAUAGUUAAUACAAAGAAAAAUUAAAAAGACCCCUUUGCUUUAAUGGGUCUUCUUGAGUAUAAAUUCACCUUAUUUCAGUGUAUCAAUCAGAUGCUAUUAGUAACAUGUAAUGUUUCUCUUAACAGUCUUUUUAAAUGAAGGAUCAUUCUGAAAUAUAGAAGUAAACCCACUUCUACAAUGUGCUAUGGAUUUUAUAUCUGAGAAUUACUUAUGUGACUCGGAAAGUGGUUUUACUCGACAGACUCUAAAACACAAGCAGCAUUACAUUGUUCAACAAAACAUGUUCAUGACACAGCAAUCACAAAGACCUCAGAGUCACGCUAUGGUGGUGUCACUGGCCGGACCAUCCCGUGAGACGUACGUACGCCAGUCUCAAUGCGCCGAAUGGCAGAAGGCGGCGGUCCCGUCCUUCUGCCCGGAAUCCCCUUCAUCAAGACGGCUGCUCCCAGCGAGGGGGAGAGUGUGAGUGGGAAGCACAAGGUGCUUAUGUUCUGAACACCGGCUACAAAUGCUUGAUCCCCAGUUGCCGGACGCACCUUGCACCCCCUGCUCCACUCCCCGAGCCGGCCCUGCCUUCACAAGGAGCCAGAGCUGGACUUUUUGGAUCGCUUGAUCAUGCUGGGGUGAAACUCGGUGUGGCGGCGGGCAUGCUUCGUCAGAUGGUCGCUCCGCAUGAAGCGCUUCUCACAGAGAGGGCACCGAAACUGCUUCUCGCCGGUGUGGGUGCGGUAGUGCCGGGUCAGCUCGUCAGAGCGGGAGAACUUUUUAAGGCAGUCGGGCCACGUGCAGGGGAACGGACGCUCGCCUGCAGAGAGGAAAGGACAACAAGGUGUUUAGGGAAGGGGGCAGCGUGCUGCCGAAGGGACGUGGCUCUUGCUUUAUGCCAGGGCGCUGGGGUCUGCCGAGCCGCUGCCGACUCGCUUGGCAGGUUUCAGCCUCACCACCCUCAAGCCAAAAAACCCUCCAACCGCACCAAGCCUUACACGACCCCAGUGGAUGAGCCCUGCCCGUGCCUCCACACUUUUUACGUCAAAUGCACUAUGGUAGUUUGAGAGGAGUACACUAUUAUUACUCCUCUGGCACUUCCAUUCUACUGGAUAAAAUCAUCCACAACCAUUAGAAAAGCAGCCAAAAAAAAACACCUCACCUACAAGAAGUACUACUUGCCUGGGAAGGGAUGAGGGGGAGAGAACUGGGAGAGCACUGUGGCCUUGGGGCUGCAAAUCUGCAGAGCAGAAAGGCUGCGCCUGCCAGCAGAGGUCCUCUGCCCCCCCUCUCCUCCCUUCCCCUGGGCUGCGCCAGAAGGUGAUGGUCUCCCCUCAGUCUCCUACAUGUCCAGUUUGAGGACAGGAAAACUGUGAUGUUAUUUGCAGCUCUAUCAGUAGAAACAUUUGCUGUGGUGGUGAAGAACCAAACCAAAUGCCUUAACCUAGAACACCUUUGUUUUAAAACCAAGGGUGUGAGGAGCAAAUGAUACCAUCAUCCUCCUGGCACCCCAGAUCCCUGUGGCUCAGCCCUGCGGGCUGCCUGAACCUCGCGCACAGCCACGGGCCCAGUACCAUCCAGCCUGCAAAGCUGACUACUCCAUGUCACAGAAGGAAAUCAAAAAAGCUCAGGAUACAUCAUGUACCAGAGCCAUUUGAUGCCUUAAUUCCUUUUCUCAAGAGCCUCCUGAAGGGAAUAUAAAUGACAGCUUUGUGACAGCUAUUUAUAGUCAACCAUGAAAUACAGAAACUAUCCCAGGAGAUUUCCAGCUUGGAAGAGUUGGAAAGAAAUUCAAGAGCUCCAGUACUUCCUGGUACGGUGCAAUUUGGCACAACACACAAGCUCACUUUACAUUUGCAGAUUGCAAGAAAAGGAGUUAUUUACAAGGAAGUGUGCCUUGGAAAACUCCCCAGACAAAACAGCCUGGACAAAAGACUGAAGACUGGGAUGAACAGCCCAGCAGCCAGGAAGAUGACCACAAGCAGAAAGUACAGCAGAGCUCUUGGGAGGAGAAUGGGGGUGUGGGGAGGGGGCCAGGGGGCUAGUCUGCUGGCAUCCAAGAGACGCCACACCAAGGAGGAUGACAGCGGGACAGAUGUGCUGAGAUUAUGCCACACAACCAGCCCUGAGGGCCUAAUGAAAGUCUCCGAAAUAAAGCAGACACUAUAAUGGCUUAAGCUUCCAAUUAUGUGGUGCUCCUUGCCAGGCAGACUGCUCUGUCCCACACUGACGAGCUUUUGGUUCAAUUUUAGGCAGAUGAGCAAGACUGCAUGCAUCAAAGUAGCCUCUCAGGCCAGGCCAGCGUCAGCACAGCUGCUUCUUGCAUGUUUUCUCUCCUCACCUGGCGUCGGUGCUUGCCCUUGGUCAGGGAAGGAGAAAGCAGAAGUAGCACAAUGCUAGCCGUACCUGCAUGUUAACCCGGAGGAGACAGAGCUGCAAGCUAUCCUGACCUGUGGAGCUUUAUUUUAUUAUUUUAAGUACAGACUUCCUGCUGUAUUCCUUUAAACAUGGCUGGAAGCCUUUCUGAACAACCACUGCCUUUGUGAAUGAAAUUAAAGCUGUGCAUUCACUCACAUGUGCACGAGGGCCAUGGCCAUAGCUAUGAGGCAGUGCAGCACCAGCAGGCGCCAUGUGAUGGUUUCACAGAUCUCAUCUGCCUUUGCUCUGCCCAGUGCCUGCACUCGGCCUCCCAGGCAAGCAUUUCACUGGUACUACUCUUUUGCUAUCUAUCUCAUGGUUUCUGUCACGGCUUCAUGAAGCAGGCAGCAGUGGGAGGUGCAGAAAUCUUUCCAGAUCCCUAGGGGACGUGGGAGAAGUGCUGUACAUCAUGCAUGUGUGGAGGCAUCUCAUAUAUAGCUCCGUCCAGAGCACUGGAGGCAGCUCAGGCAUCUUGACCCUUCCCCAGAAGCUGCAUUCCCAUCAUCUGCCUCGGGACAGCUCUUCAGCCUGCCAAAGUGCCUAACUCAUAGAGACCAAGAGAGAGACCGAGUACCUAGGCUGGGUAACAUGGAUCUUUGGUGCUCAGUGUCUACUUGUUAGGCACUGUAGUAUGCAAACCAGUUGCUUGAAAGCAGUGUUUUAUUUUCAAUACUUGCAGAAGGGAAGAAAAAACAGAGCCUGCUUUCUGGUUCCUCCUGAAACGCAUGGGAAACAGUGUGACCUCCACCAUUGCUGCCCAGCACAACCACUUCACCUGCCGUGGGGAAAUGGUUGAGGUGCGAGGCAUCCACGAGGCUAUGGGCUGAGGCAGCACUCACCCGGGAUCCCUCACAUCGGUUCGCAGCACUGCAGUACCCAGACAAGAUCAUUGCCCCCCAGGAAGCAGGGGGAAACAGCUUCACUGCAGAAAACCCCAGCCAUGGAGGCCUGAAGGCCGCAGGGCCUUGCCCAGUGGAGGCAUGCUUGGUGCUCAGGGUGGUGAGCGCAGUGGCUGUCACCAAAGGACACGGACGGUCACGCUUCCUGAGGCAUGCGAGAAUGGGAACCCACAGCAGGCCACCUUCUGCCACCAAGUACAGCGAUGGAAAGUGAUCUCAUCACCUCAGCGGUACGAGCUCCAGGAGGCUGUCACAAACGCUUUGGAAACGCGCACAUGAAAAAAAAAAAAAAGAAGAAAGUAGGCCAGGCAUAAUCCGUGACACCAGGAAGUGUUAAAACUCAAAGAGCAGAGAGACGAGAGGGAAGAGAGAGACUUCUCCAGGCCCUGGGUGUUUGUCUCCGAGCCUGAAGAUCUGUUCUCCUCGGUUACGAAGCCAUAACCCACUGAAUGAGCCCAGAGAGAUGGUGCUUCAGCGACCAACUGAACAGAUGCAGCACAGUGGUGGAGCACAAAUUUGGAAGGGUUUUUAGGCAACACAGAGAUGCCUGAUGGCACGCGAUGACAGUGCACUCAGCAGAGCUGGACCUUGCAGUUGCUGGUUAUAUUUGACAUGCUAUUCCUUAAAGCAGCAGAGGAGCACACAAGUGCAGAGGCGUGCUGCCACAACACAGAGCUGUGAUGCCCAUAGUGCUGCCUCCACCUGUGGACAUCCCUUUCUGUGCCAUGUCUAAGCAAGCCAGAGGUAUUUUUUCCAUAUGAUUUUUCCCCCUUAGUUUUGGGAGCAGUAUCGCCAAGGCUUGAAAUGAGCAAAACGAACCAUUAAAACAGGGUGCUAUUAUGCACUGCUGCCUCUGGUGGCAGUAUGCUACUUCGAUUUUAAGACAUGCCUGAGAGGGAAUUUCUAUCAAUCGAUGUAGGAAAGGCCAUUGAUGGAUCACAAGACAUUAAAACUGUGUGCAGUAGAAUCUGACCGCAGAGAUAAAAAGUGUAAAUAAUUCUCUUCACCAGACGUAUCCAUGGCAGCUUACAGAAUUAACCACUGAAACAAACUGGUUUACAGGAAUCGACUCAUCUGCAGAAUUCCCGUUCUUUGUCCUGUUUGACACCAGGGGUGCAGCGGGAGGCACAGUUUACACUGAGAUGGCACAACAGCACAAGCUGAUGUUGGCUGUUCACAGGCCUUCCCUGCUCCUGAGCCCUGACUUGCUUUAAAUCCCACAUAAAUAUGAAGGCCGUUGCAUAUCCUUUCAAACUGCGCUCGCUCGCUUCACCCAGUCUUCUCUCUCCGUUCAUCCUCCCCACUCUCCACUGCACGUGGUUCACUUCUUUUUGAGAGUUUAAACUCUCUAUCUAGGCUGAUUUGUAAAACCCGAGGCAACUCAACGUUAUUCCUUUUCCAUUUUAUUCUGACUAGAUUGAAAACUGUGUAGCUUUUUGCCCUGCCCAGAGACAUUCCAGAUUUUCCCACAUGGUAGUCUUGUACAGGAUGAGUUUCUGAAAGAAAGAACAUGGAGUAGGCAUUAGCAGACUCAUUAACAGGGCAGAUAGGUACUGGUAUCCUGACUUGUUGUUUGCCUUCUCACUAAAAGUGCUGAUUUAGAUGUGGAUGGAUGACUGAGAUUAGGAGCUGCAGUUUGUAUUGGCUUUAGAAAAGAUGACUUCAUUCAGGCAAACAAGUGAUAGAGAAGGUCUGGAGUGUCUUUUUUGUCCCAGGGGAAAAAAAAGUGCUGUGUUUUUUGACAAAGCUGAAGACAAAGUUGAUUAUCAUACACUUGAGCUAUUCUCUUGGCUUUUAACAGGGCAUGUCCUAGGAGCGGAGCAAACUGAGUUUCUGUGAUGAAGUACUAAUUUUAAGAGAAUUACUAAAUUGCUUUGAGCACUGACUUUAUGGAAGACACUCAGAGACUGCUGUUGGUGUGGAUGGAAGUCUGGCCAAGAUGAACGCUCUGCUAGCCUUGUACUGUUUUUCUGGCUGACAGAAAUGAAGUUAGAUGCAGCCAUGAGUAGAGCCUGGGAUCUACACUAGCGAACACAGAACAGUUUGCCAUCAAAUAAUGAUGAUGAUACUGCUUCACAUAUUAAUUAGAAAGCCAAAUGGACUGUAGCUACACCUGCAGGAAUGGACAGCUAAUUAGACACCCCUGACUGACCUGCAUGUUAAAGAGGAGACCACUGGGAACAUGGUAGGACUGCUCUGCCAGCUAUUCAUAGCAGCACCUACACUAAGGUACCAAAACUGAAGAAUGGGUCCAAGUUCGACUUUUGGGAUGUGGUGCCUGUGCUUGACUCCCACUCUCUCUCUGGCCACAGGACACGGCACGGCUAGCCAACAUCUCCUGCCACAGCAACACCCACCUCUGCCUGUGGCACCUGCCCAAAAGCCCAGCCAUACGGCAUGACUGCAGGGCUGACCUGUCCCAUCAGAGAUGAGGAGGGAAAGACUGAGAAGGGAAAGCACACAAACAAGGAAAGCUCAAAGAAUGAUUUUUCUUUUUUCCACCAGGCAAGAGCAAAACUACUUAGGAAAACAGGACUGCCAUUUGCAGGAAGGCAGAAGAAAAAAUAGGGGAAAAAAAAAGCAUUCCCACAGCUUCAGUGGGCAUGAUCAACUCCUUAUGAUUCAAAUAAAAACAAAUUAAUCUACACUUUCAUCUUCUGAGAUCCUCCUGAACCCCUGUGGCUGCUGGAGCUUGAACUUUCACAAAGCAAUCUUGGUACUCUGGGAAGAUCUGCUCCUGAACAUCAAUCCUUGGCUUAGACACAACAACGAUAACUCUUCCCUCCACAACCCCCUUCUGUGACCCCACUCAGCCACCACUCCUGAGUGUCUCAGUGUCUCCUGAAGUAUCACAGGUCCUGUAGAAGAAUAAGUGUCAAGAACAUGGUCCAGCUUAUUGCAGGAAAAAAAAAAAUAAGAGUAAGGUCAGUCUCUCUUUUUUGCCACAA